CUCCAUCUCCAUGGCUCCCUAAUUUGACAACAAAUUUCAAGGCCCAGCUUGUCAAACCUGCUCCUUCAAUUGUCUCCCGUCGGGCCUACGAUCCAUUGCCUCAAUAGACUGGGCAGUCUUCGGCCCAUAUUCAAAGCCUUCUCCUUAGAAAAAGUUAAGGACCAGACUCGUGACAUUUUGACUGUCCAGACUGUGUGGUUAGCACUUAGCUGUAGCCCCGAAGUGACGGCACUGGAACGAACGAUCGCCUGAUCGGAGAUUUCAAGGACGGCGGAGUCAAUGGCGUCGCUGCUUCCGGCCGUCAUCCUCCUCCUCACGUUUGCAGCUGUUUCCGCCGUCCACGACAAGUGCGCCGCUUGCAAUGCCGUCGCGGCGGAGUUGGAGAUUGGGCUGUCCAAUGAAAAGCCCAGGAAUCAUUUAGACAUGAGGAAUCGUUUGAACUCAAAAGGGCAACGUGAAGGAAAGGUAAUUGAUUACAGGUAUUGCCCACAAUGCAUCUAGAACUAUUAUGUUUAGGAGAUAAUGCAGAAUCAUGUCCUCUGUAGAACUGAAGGAUAAGCAAAUGAAAUAGAGGCUCAGAAGGUCAGAUUUUGGUUGAUCCAUGCCCCUGCUUGAUUCAAACUUGUUGAAUUUUAAGAAUGGUGUGCUAUGUUUCAACAGAGUCAGUGAGCUGAGAGUUGUUGAGCUUUUGGAUGGGCUUUGCGACAAGAUGCAAGGUUAUACACUUGAGAAGAUAGAUUCAGGCAGACAGGAGUGGAUCAAAGUAAAUGAUUGGGACACUUUGACGACGAGUAAGUAAAUUAUAUUACACAGACGAUGAUAGGACCUUGGAAAGCCUGAAGAAUUUUCUUUAUUAUGGUGAUGGCCUUGUUGAAUUCCAACCUUCUAUCGCUUGCUCAUUCACUGGCUGCAACAAUUUUAUGAUUUUCUCAACACCUCUAUGGCCUGUGCUAUAUUUUUUUCCUCAGACAAGCAAGAAGCUCGAGCGUAUUCAAAACAGAUGUCAUCUUAUUGUGGAAGGUUACUCGAGCAAACUGAAGAUGAGGUAAGUCUUGACAUUCUUAGGUCUCGAAUUUUUUUAAUCGAAAUUGUCAUUUAAAUUUGCUUAAAACAUUUCAUGCUACUUUAUGCUUAUUACUGAUACAGUUGACAGAGUUGAUCAAGAAAGGAUCGGUUACCGCAGGAGGAGUGAGCAAGGUUCUGUGCCAAGAGUUAAGCAAGCACUGCCAAUCAAGCAUGAGACUCUUCCCACAAGUAGAAAGAAUAAAGUUCUUGCUUUCCGCCUAUCUCUUUCACUCUUUGGUUUUGCUUGUGGUUCUCAUCAGGCUGAUGUUGAUGGUCACGACGAAAAUGAGGAGCUCUGAGUUUGUUUUGGGUCAAUUAACACCAGAAGGACUAUAGCUCGAGACGUGAAAGAUAUAGAAAGGCAACUUGGCAGAAGAAACUGACAUUGGCUUGGCAUGGUUGCCUUGUUCGCGAAGCUUAGAUACCAUCCAUAGAGUUUGUAACUUGAAACAGAAAUUCGGCUUCCCUGGCUCUCUUUUGUCCACUAAUUUGUUUCAGCUGAUGAUUUGUCAUACUUGAGCUUAAUGCUUUCCUUAGUAGAGAACAUGAAGUUGGAUAAUUAUGACAACAGUACGGAAUUCAACAGGUUGUCCUUUUGGAUAAAUUCUUCAUUGGUCUUUUACUUU